AUGUCUGCUGACCAGGCGUUGUUUACAUGCCUUUCCUGCAUGAUCGCUUUCCCCUCUGCGGAGGAUCAAAGAAUCCACUACCGGUCUGAUCACCAUCGGUACAACAUGAAACGACGGGUUGCAUCCCUGCCUCCCGUCAGUGCUGCCGUCUUCAACCAGAAAGUAUUGGAGAGGCGUCAGGAGACAUCCAUUAUGUCGUCUGCCAAGGGAUCGCACUGUGACGUUUGCAACAAAACGUACACGACCGAGAACUCAUAUCGGUCGCACAUCGCAUCGAAGAAACAUCGCGAAAACGAAUUGAAGGCUGCUGCGAAGGCACGAGAGCCUGCACCAGAAGUCGCUCCUGUACCGAUUCCAUCUGUUACCGAACCCGAAGCAGCAGCUCAGCCGGCGGCAUCCACAAGCACAAGCCCACCAAGCGCUUCCUCCGCCAAAGAGAGCGGAACCUUGCUCGUGGACGCCGAUGCAGACGAAGAACAAGUCAACCAAACCAUCGACGAAAAGAUCGCCGCCGCGCGCUCGCGCCUCUCCCCCGCACACUGUCUCUUCUGCCCCCAGAUCUCCUCCUCCCUCGAAACGAAUCUGGAACAUAUGUCCUCCAAGCACUCCUUCUUCGUUCCCGACGCCGAAUACCUCGUCGACCUCCCUGGAUUGCUCACCUACCUUGGCGAGAAGAUAGCUGUUGGCAACGUAUGCAUAUACUGCAACGAGAAAGGGCGCGAGUUCAGGACGCUGACUGCGGUCCGGAAGCAUAUGCUAGACAAGGGGCACUGCAAGAUCGCAUACGACACUGAGGAUGACCGGCUCGAGGUUUCGGACUUUUACGACUUCACGAGCUCGUACCCGACCCCGAAGCCGAAGAAGGCCAAGGCCAAGAAGGUAAAACAGGCGAAGGCCUCCGAUGGCGAAAGCGAAGAAGACGAGGAGUGGGAAGACGCGUCUGACGCCGAUUCAGACGAGGUCGAUGAGGUGGUCGAGGAGUCAGCAUCAGAAGACUCGGACGAAGAGUCGUCGGAAGAAGACUCGGAUCUCGACGAGAACCAGGUUACUUACGGCGACACGAACUACGAGCUCGUCCUCCCCUCCGGCGCGCGUAUCGGCCACCGCUCCAUGCGGCGGUACUAUGCCCAGUCGUUCCCCGGCUCACCGCGCGGCUCCAAGCCCGAAGACCCCAAUUCUGGCGCCGCCCUCGUCCGGCGGUUGCUCGCCGAGAAGAAUUCGGCGCUCGUGCCCAGAAGGGGCGGCUUUGGCGCGUUCGGGGCAGGAACGGACGUGGUCAAGGCCAGGAACGCCGGUGAGGCGAGGAACGCGGGCAGACAUAUGAGGGAGUUCCGGGACAUCAAGAGGAGGCAAGAUUUCAAGACGAAAGUCGGCUUCAUACACAACAACCAGAAGCAUUUCCGCGACCCCUUGCUCCAGGUGCAUGUCCAGUAA